CAGCAGCAGCAGCAGCAGUGGGAGCAGCAGCAGCAGCAGCAGCAGCAGCCGUGAGGACGACACGCUCUGCAGUCAAGAUGAGUGCCGGGGAUGUGGUCUGCACCGGCUGGCUCAUUAAAUCCCCUCCGGAAAAAAAACUGAAGAGAUUUGCGUGGCGGAAGCGCUGGUUCGUGCUCCGGCGAGGCCGCAUGAGCGGUAACCCCGACGUGCUGGAGUACUACCAGAGCAAGAACUCCAAGAAGCCCAUCCGCACCAUCGACCUGAAGGAGUGUGAGGUGGAGAUGCUCAACGGGCAGCUGCGGGUCAAGAGGGACUUCAACGGGAAGCACCUCUUCGUGGUGAAGACGUCGUCCCGUGUGUUUUACCUAGUGGCCAAGACGGAGGAGGAGAUGAACAGCUGGAUCACCAGCAUCAGUCAGAUUUGCCAUUUCGGGAGCCUGGAGGAAACAGAGAGUUCAGAGGAGAGCUUCCUUCAGCCGCUACCUGACAGCUUUGACAGGGUGUCUGUGUCGAGCCAGCCGGACUCCAGUUAUCCGCCGGACUACCUCUUUCUCUCCCAGUGUGAGACGGGGAGUGUGAGCACGAGUGUACACGACAGCUUCUCGACCUCUGAACUCUCUCUGGAGCAGAAGUCGCCAGACGAUGCGUUCAAGGACAAGCGCACCGAGUCCUCGUCGUCCCUCUCUCACGCGAUUCCCAGCCCCAUCGUUUUCCCCGGUGGACGGCUGACCAACCCUCCCUUCAGCGCCCCGGGCAGCUUCACGGUUUUACCAUCGUCCUCGUCCUCGCCACUCCGUCACUGUGCCACGAGUGUCUUCCAGUUCGACAAACCGUACCCGUCCCCCUCGCUUGAGGCCACGGGCGAUUUGCAAACCGCCCCCCCGCUGCCUCCCAAGCCCAACCACCUGUCGGAGCAGCUGGGCGAUGGAGGGGCUCUCAGGUCGAGGCCAGCCAGCGCGCUGCUUUUCCCAGGCAACGUUCCCGUAUUCUCACGAAGGACCUCGCUGUCCAGCCUGGACCAUUUCAGAAAAGGUAAUGAGGACAGCAGACUGGUGAUGAACAGAAGACAAAGUGUUAACCUGCCUUGUUUGAAUACCGCACACGUUCAAAGCUACCAAGAUGAGUCAUACGUCCCCAUGGCUUCCCCCUCCGCUGCUUCAAUCGUUGAGUGUGACGGUUACAUCCCCAUGAGCCCGAGGACAUUCAGCUUCCUCAAUACGAACGGCAGCGCUGCGUCUUCCCCAUCCCUCAGCGCGCUUAUGAGUCAGGCUGGAGACCUGGCACCACCGCCCAUACACCGGCACCUCAAGCCCCGCUUGAGAAGAGCUCGACCGCCACCUCUUGACUUGACAGGCCUCUCCACAAUCACAGAAUGUCCUACUCAUCUUCCUCUCAUCAGAGCGAUGACCGACUCAUGCUUUCCAGUGAGCCAUUUACCGCUUGACAAAAGACUUGAAAAUGGGGACAUUUCAAGGGAUGAGGAAUCGAGGCAACCGUUCUGUUUUGAAGGAGCAGCUCAUCCUUGGACGAGAAGCUCAAACCUUGACUAUCUGGCGCUGGAUUUCAACUCAGCUACCCCCUCGCCUGUGCAGAAGAAGCCGUUUCUGUCUGAUGAGAACAGAGUGGACUAUGUGCAGGUUGAUGAGAAGAAGACUCAGGCCCUUCAAAACACCAAAAUGGAGUGGACAGAUGUCCGGCAGUCAAAAACAUGAAUACAACAUGCAGUCAUGAACAUACUCUCUCAAGGAUACCAGCAAAUCCAGCAAGAUGGACACAUAUGAGGAGGACCAAAAACCAGUUUUAAAGCACUUUGAAAACAGCACUCAAAUAAAGUUGGAUGCUCUUUUUUUUUCAAUGAAAGAAACACACAAUUGCACUGUUAAAACUAUUAACACUGCAAACCUUAAAUGUAAAUACUACCUGAUGAUGCUCUGUUCACUGUGAUUUUUUUUCCCGCUCACUGUAGCAUAUGGUUACACUCAGUUUUGAAAAUAAAAAAACAAAUACUGCAGUUAAUGUGCAUAUUGUAUAAGAAUGUAAUAUAAAACUGUGCAUUUGAUGGGCAUAAACUGACUCAAAGCAUUCCCCAACAGCUCAUGCAGCAUUAUACACGUGUUUGUGCCCGUUUCUAAUAAACAGACAGAUCUGGGCACAGCAAACCUCCUACUUUGUUUGUUUAUUGUAAGUAAAGUUCUAUUUUUUUCAAAAUUAUGUUUGAGAAAGUACAGGUUUUACUGAUGCAGAAUUUCAAAAACAUUCUGGUUAUGGUA